AUGAUAAUGCCGGGCAUGUUUUGCAGCAACCCUGUGAGUACCCACGGGGAAUCCGUGGAAAAUACACAUCCCAGAGCCCACAACAGCUCACACGUGAGCCAAAACUGCCAAACCAACCCUUCUGAAGCAAGACAUACCGGAAACGAUGCAGAUUUUUGCAACCCAGACUUAGAGCCCAAAUGCAGACUCCGAAAGCGUUUGGCUUUGACAAGGAUUCCGGAGAAGACACUUAUUCCAGACCUGAGCCCGAACAUCUACACGUCGGGGCACUUCCAUAGCACUUUGAUCAGCUUCUGCAGAUCUUCUAACAGUUUGGUCCUGCAGGAGAUACCAGCUACUUAUUCCUGGGCUCCAAUGUGA